AUGGCGAUGAAUGCUUUUAAAUCGGUCGCCCGUAUGGCCACAACGGGCACCGAGUGUAUCGAUAAUACGGUGUUUCAACUCCACUAUAAGGCAACGUUUGUCGGCAUAACCGGCGUCGCACUAAUCGUCGCUUACGCACACAUUUUUGGGGCCAAAAUUUAUUGCCAUGGCGAUAAUCAUUUGCCGAGUGACAUUGUUAAGUCAUUUUGUUGGCAACGGACCGAGUUCAGUUUCCCGAAACCAGUAAUACAUGCGCAUAAUGAAACUGCGCAUGAUUACGAUAACAGCAAGUAUAAUUCAUAUUUUAAGUGGAUUUAUCCCAUGCUGUUUUUCCAAGCGAUAUGGUUUUACAUUCCACGUUAUUUAUGGAUAAUUCUGGAAGGUGAUUUGUGUGGAAAACUAAUAAGUGGCCUUGGCAACACGUUCGCUAAUGAUGCUGAUAAAAAAAUUAAAAUUAGGCAAUCGGUUGAAUAUAUUCGCGCCAAUGCGGGCAAAGUUAAUUUGUACUUGGUUUGCUAUGUGAUUUGUGAAAUUUUGAAUUUAAUCAAUGUCGCAAUUCAAUUGUAUUUGACCGACAAAUUUAUGGGCCGUGUUGGUUUUAAAAUGGUUGAAUUUACCAUGAUGAAUCAAGAUAGUAGAACAGACCCAAUGAUAGCCGUGUUUCCCAGAUUAAUACGAUGCUUGUUUCCAAAAUUUGCAAAUAAUGGGUCGGUUACCACAUAUGAUUUCAUGUGUGUAUUACCAUUCAACAGUAUAAACGAAAAGAUUUAUAUUGUCCUAUGGUUUUGGCUCAUAAUAUUGACUACGAUUUCUGGCAUCAAUAUUAUCUAUCGAUUAUUAACUAUAAAAUAUCCGCUAAUUCGUGCGUUAAUUAUUAGACUCAGGGUCGGUUACAAUGAGUACCUUUGUUUAAAACAAGUAUUGCAGUUCGCUACAAUUGGCGACUGGUUCGUACUGUACCAAUUGAGCAAGAACAUUGACUACCAAGAUUUCAAGUUUAUGAUGGAUGAGGUGUCCCAGCGUAUUAGCAGGAUUUGA